UAGCACCAUGCGUAGGCUGUGCUUGAUGGUAAUCUUCAGCCCAUGUGCACAAGGCUUCUGCUGAGUUGCAGACCUGUGGAUUAAGAAGCGGGCUUUAAAAGGGCCCUCCGCUCACCCAUUACCUCCCCUCUUUUGUUCUCCUUCAUUCUCUGCUGCUGGAGCUGCAAGACAAACACUAACCAGGCACAAUGGCCCAGAAGGUGGUACUCAUCACAGGCUGCUCCUCUGGGAUCGGCCUCGCCUUGGCUGCCCGCAUCGCAAAAGAUGAGAAGAAAAGGUUCAUGGUCUAUGCCACCAUGAGGAACCUCAGUAAGGCUGAGCCGCUGGUUGAGGCUGCAGGUCGGACGUUGGGCAGGACUUUGGAAAUCAAACAGUUGGAUGUAUGUGACGAAGUCUCUAUCAAAGCCUGUGUGGACAGCCUGCCUGAGCGCAGGGUGGACAUUCUCAUAAGUAAUGCUGGGAUGGGUCUGAUUGGACCCAUUGAGUGUCAGUCUAUCGAUGAGAUGAAGACCGUCAUGGACACCAACUUCUUUGGGCUUGUGCGGUUGCUGAAGGAAAUCCUACCUGACAUGAAGAGGAGGAAAAAAGGCCAUAUUGUGGUCAUUAGUAGCGUCAUGGGCAUUCAGGGAAUUCUAUUCAAUGACGUCUAUGCAGCAUCCAAGUUUGCAGUGGAAGGCUUCUGCGAAAGCCUAGCAGUGCAAGCCCUGAGGUUUCAACUCAAUAUCAGCCUGAUAGAGCCCGGUCCAGUGAUAACAGAGUUCGAGCGUAAGGUCUUUGAGGAGGGCAUGAAGACUGAUCUCAGCAAAGCUGACAAAAUCACUGCUGACAUGUUCCAGAACAUCUACUUGAAGAACUAUGGUCAGAUCUUCGAAACCCUCGGGCAGACUGCUGAGGAUGUAGCAGAGCAUACCAUCAAGAUCAUCACCAUGGAUAAUCCCCCUUUCCGUCAUCAGACAAACAUGCUUUACACCCCUAUGACCACACUGAAAUACGCUGACCCCAAUGGCGACCUCCCAAUUGAAACAUUUUACAAAAUGGUGUUUGAGCACGACAAGGUCUUCAACGCCAGUCUGAACUUCCUCAAACUUCUGCGCUGGAGAAGUCGAAAGAGCUUUACCUUGGAGAAGGACAAGACCAAUUAAAAGAGCCUCAGAGUCUUUCUUAUUUUUGUCAAGAUGCAUCAAUGCAUCCUGUAAUUUAUCUUUAUUCAAUUUGAA